CCGUCGUCCAUCUUGUGGUCCAAGUACACAUUUGCAUGCAGUAAUAUUUGUCCUGCUAGGGAAUGGCUUACAGGUUGAUCACGCUGUUAAAAACACCUGCAUAUCUUUCUCCUUUAGCUAGAUCACAUCUUAGACCAAACAGAGCUAUAUUAAGCCUUGUACGAGCCAUGGCUACGCGUACUGAAAGUGACAGCUUUGGAGAGAUACAAGUCCCAGAGGACAAAUACUAUGGAGCUCAAACUGCAAGAUCAAAAAUGAACUUUCCAAUUGGAGAUGAAAGUGAGCGAAUGCCACCUCCAGUUAUCCGUGCAUUUGGAUACUUGAAGAAAGCUGCAGCAGAAGUCAAUAAGGAAUUUGGACUUGAUCAGAGUGUUGCGGAUAAUAUCAUGAAGGCAGCAGAUGAGGUGAUAAGUGGCAAAUUGAUAGACCACUUUCCAUUGGUUGUCUGGCAGACUGGAUCAGGGACUCAGUCAAACAUGAAUGUGAAUGAAGUCAUUAGUAAUCGAGCCAUAGAAAUGAUGGGUGGAACGAUGGGCUCCAAGAAGCCUGUUCAUCCUAACGAUCACGUCAACAAAAGCCAGAGCUCAAAUGAUACUUUCCCUACGGCUAUGCAUGUAGCCUGUGCAGUUGAGGUCAACUCAGUUCUCAUUCCUGGUUUGAAGAAACUCCAUGCAGCUUUGAAUGAAAAGGCUGAGGACUUCAAGGACAUCGUAAAAAUUGGAAGAACACACACUCAGGAUGCCACACCCUUGACGCUGGGUCAAGAAUUCAGUGCUUAUGUCAGGCAGAUUGAGAAUGGUAUUGCACGUGUUGAGGCUACAAUGCCGAGAGUUUAUGAACUUGCUAUUGGAGGAACUGCUGUAGGGACUGGAUUGAAUACAAGAAUUGGGUUUGCUGAGAAAGUAUCUGCAAAGAUCGCUGAAUACACAAAACUGCCAUUCACAAGCAACACCAAUAAAUUUGAAGGGCUUGCUGCACAUGAUGCCAUGGUAGAACUUCACGGAGCACUCAACGUCAUAGCAUGCAGUCUGAUGAAGAUUGCUAAUGAUAUCAGGUUUCUCGGCUCAGGACCAAGGUGUGGCUUGGGAGAAUUGCUCUUGCCGGAGAAUGAACCUGGAAGUAGCAUCAUGCCUGGUAAAGUGAACCCUACUCAGUGUGAAGCCAUCACCAUGGUAGCAGCACAGGUCAUGGGUAACCAGACGGCAGUAUCAGUUGGUGGUAGCAACGGCCACUUUGAGUUAAAUGUCUUCAAACCAAUGAUUGUCAGAAAUGUGUUGCAGUCGAUUCGACUAAUUGGAGAUGCAAGCAGUGCAUUCACAGACAACUGUGUGGUUGGCAUACAGGCAAACAGAGAGAGGAUCGACUCAUUACUAAGAGAGUCUUUGAUGUUGGUGACGGCAUUGAAUCCUCAUGUUGGGUAUGAUAAUGCAGCAAAGAUUGCUAAAAAGGCUCACAAGGAGGGUACGACACUUAAAGAAGCAGCAAUCAGCCUCGGCCUUCUUACUAGUGAGCAGUUCGAUGAGUGGGUCAGACCAGAAGACAUGUUGGGACCAAAGUAAAAAAAGAUCCAAAUUAUAAAAAAAAUAAUCGGUGGAUUUUUGAUGAAACUCCUUGAUACAAACAAUGUUAG